AGAAAGAAUGGUGGAAAGAAGACAUGUAUGUGUUAUCUCUAAGUGGGUCUAUCUUAUCUUCCCCAUUACCAAAAUCUUACCUUCCCAAAUCAUCCCCUCUUUUCAUCAAGGCCAAUAACAAGUGUAAAGCCGGAUCAGUUAUUCAUAGCCAUGGGAUGGAAUCUUGUUUGGGUCGUCGGACCACAAACACAUCUCUUAAGACCGCAGCUCGUACACUAGAUAAUGAGGCUGGAACGACUACACGUUGUGUUGUUCUAGACAUCGAAGGGACGACUACACCUAUUUCAUUUGUUACUGAUGUUCUUUUUCCAUAUGCCCGUGACAAUGUGCGUAUGCAUAUAGACGAAACAUAUGAUAGUGCUGAUACUAAAGAUGAUAUCAAGCUGUUACGCUCUCAAGUAGACGAUGAUCUGCAAAAAGGAGUUAUGGGUGCAGUUCCUGUACCAUCUGAUGAUUCAGGCAAAGCGGAGGUGAUAGAUGCUUUGGUUGCUAACGUUGAAGGAAUGAUAAAAGCUGAUCGAAAAAUUACUUCAUUAAAACAGUUACAAGGGCACAUUUGGCGCACUGGGUUUCAAAAGGAUGAACUAAAAGGAGUUGUCUAUGAUGACGUUCCUGAAGCUCUUGAGAGAUGGCAUGCUUCUGGUGUAAAGGUGUAUAUCUAUUCGAGUGGUAGUAGAUUGGCACAGCGGCUGAUAUUUGGAUAUACGAAUCAUGGAGACUUGAGAAAAUACUUGUGUGGAUUUUUUGACACCAAAGUUGGGAACAAAAGGGAAACAAAAAGUUAUAUUGAGAUCGCAGAAUCUCUUGGAGUAGAUAAUCCUUCAGAGGUUCUUUUUGUGACGGAUGUCUAUGAAGAAGCUGUAGCAGCAAAGGCAGCUGGUUUGGAUGUGAUAAUCUCUAUUAGGCCCGGAAAUGGACCGCUUCCUGAGAAUCACGGAUUUGAUACGAUCAAGUCUUUUUCAGAAAUACCAUUUUGAAGGGAAGGAGAUAUCUAAUGGGGAGAGUGACAGAAGAAGAUGGAUUACGUCAGCAAUUAAUAUGUUUGUUGUUUGAGUUAAGACAGGUUGCUUUCAUAAACUUUUUCAUUACUUUCAUGUAUAUCAUCACAAACAUGCUUUUAAAAAUAAGAAACAUAUGUGUAGUUGUGUACACACUUUUAAACGUGUUAAUGAUGCCAAAAAAAAAUGUAUAUCUUUGAUUGAA